AUGAAUGCCCCUCCAGCGCUUGGGUUUGCGCCAGGCGUUUCGCUCGCCCCGCAAGUGUUUCUGCCAGCAAUAGAACAUCAACCCUCACCAACAGCGGCCAGUUUUGGCUCCAACAACCCUUUCCGAAACCGCGCUCUUUCCCCCUCAGCUGCCGGACCUGUCUCGUCGAGGAAUCCACCGGAGCGCCCAAGAUCAACAAAUCCAUUCUUAGACGACACUGAAGCACUGUCUCCUCAGUCGGCCCCUGGAAUGUCGACUGGUACCAGCAUGAUCUCUCCGAUUGAGAAGAACGACGUGUCCAGCCACACGCGGGAGCUUUUUGAAUCGCUCUCCCUUAACCCUACACCUCAACCACACACUCGCCCCGCUCCUUCUGAUGCCAACAGACGAAACCCCCCAACUGGCAACAGGCCUCCGAGAGAGCGCCUGGUUCGCCCGCCCGGACGGUCAGCUACUUCGAAAGAAAAAGAUCCGCUCGAUAUUUUCGCCGAUCCCCCUAGUCUGUCCGAGAACGCCAAGGGCAAGGCGCCCCGUCGUCCCCGUCGGAACUCCGAAUCCUCGGUGAUGGACCGAAGCUCCAAGCUGCUGGACCUCGAUGAUGAUGACAGGCGCCGACGCGAGCGACGUCAUCGCGAACGCGAAGGUCGCAGCAAAGAUGGCAAAUCGAAGUCUGGCCGCAAGGACCGACGACUCGAUAUCAUUGAUAAAUUGGAUGUGACAAGCAUCUAUGGCACAGGAAUGUUCCACCACGACGGUCCGUUCGAUGCCUGUAACCCCCAUCGCAAUCGCCGUGGCGUGCGAACGGCGCCCAUGCAAGCCUUCCCCAAGGGAUCUUCCAACAUGGCCCUGGGCGGUACAGGUCCGAACAACUCCAACAUCGAUCUCAACCUAUUCCAUGGCAGGAUGGAGGAAGGACACAACGACUUUGCGACCGCUGCCCGCCGCAAUGCCGACUCAGGCAACAGUUUCGAUCCCACUGCCCGAGUAGACCCGAUCCACGGACCACAAAGCAUGGGACUGGGAACGAGCACUUUCCUCGACGGAGCUCCUGCCAGUCGGUCUGCCAUGGCACGCCGCCAGAGUGAGAAUGAGGGCUCUCUGGCGCCAAAUACUGGCCUUGCACGAAAGAAGAGUUUGGCUCAGCGAUUGCGUGGAAGAGCUGGACCUGGUCGCAUUGCUCCGUCCGACCACUCUUCCGUGCCCCCGGCGCCAGUAGUGGGCUCCAGUCAUUCGGCCUCUUCCCGGGGCAAUGAGAAGAACCCAUAUUUCCAAGAAUAUGAAGAGGAAUGGGAUAAGAAGGGAUCAAAUAUCGAAGCACGCCUUGAAGGUGGCCGACUUCGAUCAUCUAGCAGUCCCAAGCAGGUGACCGGAUUGGAGCGCAAGGCCACCAAUGACCGACCUUAUGAAGAGUCGAAGCUCAACCCUGGUGGUGGUUUCUUGAACCGGAUGAAGAGUUUGCGCAAACCUAAGCCGGAACGACGCACCAGCGACUGA